AUGUCGAAUACCAAGAUCAUCGAGGUCCCUGAAAACGAUUCGCAAGAGAACGAAGGCGCGUCUACAUCGUCGCCGAGAAUCAACGAAAGUCGCAGAGACAACGUUUCCGAGACCAAUAAGGAAGGUGAUGGGGAAUUCCAAGACUUCCAUCGAAUCAAAAGAGAAUUGUGUUCGAAGGGAAAACUGUUCGAAGAUCCACUAUUUCCGGCAGUAUAUACUUCUUUAUUUCCCAAAGAGAUUCCCAAAAACCGUACUGCAUACAAGUACGUUAAAUGGGUACGACCAAAGGAAAUUGUUAGUGAACCGAAAUUUUUCGUGGAUGGAGUCUCUCGAUUCGAUAUCGAGCAACAUGGGUUCGGCAAUUGUUGGCUAAUCGCGGCAAUAUCUCGACUGGCUAUGGAUCCAGAGCUGUUGUUCCAAGUCGUGCCUCAGGAUCAGGACUUCGACGAAAACUACGCUGGAAUAUUCCAUUUCAGAUUUUGGCGGUAUGGAAAAUGGAUCGAAGUCGUGAUUGAUGACCGUCUCCCAAGACUUGGGACUGCUCGAUCGAGUGAAGUAACUGAGUUCUGGAGCGCUUUGCUCGUCAAAGCUUACGCCAAGUUUUACGGCUCCUGGGAGGCCACCGAAGACGGUGAAUCGAACGAAGCUUGGCAGGAUUUUACCGGUGGUCUGACUUCGGUUUACGACUUGGACGUUGCACGGCCAAUACCUUUCGAACUUUUACUGGAUGCUCAGGAAAAGAAGCUGCUUAUGGGAUGCGGUACGCCUAAGAUUCUGAAGAAACGUGAAGGCUUGUACAGUAAUCAUGCCUACUGUAUUACGCAAGUCUCUAAGUACAAGGGGAAAGAUAUGGUGAGGCUGAGGAAUCCAUGGGGUCAUGAGGAAUGGACAGGCCGUUUUUGCGAUGACGAUCCUGUGUGGAAAGCUGAUGUUGAGAUGGCAAAGGCGUUGAACGUCAAGGCUGACGAAGACGGCGAAUUUUGGAUGCCCUUCGAAUUGGUUUCGGAUUAUUUCGCUGCACUUGAAAUUUGUGACACGCUCAAUGUAGGCACAAAACAAUUGGAAAUCAUUACUUUUGAAGGAGAAUGGAAGUACGAGACUUCUGCGAAGGGUCACUUGAGAACGUUGUCACAAAAUCCCCAAUAUCGUAUAACGUUGGAAAAAUCGAAUCAACCGGAGGAAAACUGCACGAUAAUCGUGGCAUUACUGCAGAAAAAUCGAAGGACGAAACGACUAAAGAAUCUAAGAAUCGGAUUCGAAAUUUAUCAGUUGGACGAUUCUGAGAAAUCACCAAACCCCCUGGACAUGAAUUUUUUCCAAAAAAAUGAGUCCAUAUCUGGAUGCGGUCCGAUUGGAACGAACCGCGAAGUUCAGCGCAAAUUCGAACUGGUUCCCGGAGUUUACUGUAUAAUUCCUUGUGUCUACCGGGAGAGUAGCUCGAAUAAGGGAGUCGAAUUCCUGGCCUUUUCCGACGAAGAAGAACAAUUCUUGCUCAGAGUUUUCUUGGGGAAUUCAAAUACCUUGAUAUAAAUGUCGUAAUUGUGGAAUUUGCGAUCGCCAUU